ACUUAUUACGCAUCUGAGGAACUCUUGAUGAUGACAAAGAUUCAGAUACUACUGCAAUUGGCAAAGAAAUUUAACAGGAGUGAUACAUAAAGGAUAAGGAAAUGAAAACGGAUAUGAUUCAGUUAUGUGCAACGAAAAUUAAAACAGGUCUCCCAAAGAAAAAUAAGCCUUGAAAAAGAGAACCACCUCUGAGAAAGAUUUCAGAUAAUUCGGCUGCUGUUCAAGAAACUUUUGUGGCACCAUGCUUUCUAAGCAUCCAUCACAAUCAAAACCAAAGGGGACUAUUGAAGUGGAUCAUUUGAGUGACCACAAAAAAUUUUUUACUAUCAAGAAAGUGACAUUCAAUUGCGUCAGCCUGGCUGGAAUUGAGAGCCACGCUCACAAAAAUAAAAUAAUCCAACAUUCCCCACACCUCUUUUUUCCUCUUCCCCCUCUUUCGCUUGCACCUCUCCCAGACAUUCCCCUUGUUUAAUAAUGACACCCCAUGAAAACGAACUGUACACUCCAUUUAAGCACUUCAGUCCCCCAAGGGACCCAUAUCUCAUUAUGCUUUCCCAGCCACAUGACACAUGAAGCAAUCCCAUAAUCCUGUCAUCCAUCAUCCAUGAUCCAUUAUUAGGCCAGAAUCAGCGUUGCAGCACUCUCAUUUCACAAAAAAUGCCUGUCACUGUUAGCCAACCAGCACCUAGCUUAAUGGUCACAGCACCUGGUGGGUAUGAUGUUAUCAAGGGCCAUCAUUUCCACACUGAUGUCUGAUUGUUAUUAUGGAGAGGCUUCUCAAAAGGCAUUUGGUGGAUACAUACAUAAGAAACAUGCACAUGCAUCACCUGACAUCCAUCAAGCUGGAUGAUGAUCUCAUGGAUGUGCAUGUCCUUGUUGCUGCCUGUGACACAGGCUGAGGACUAGUUUUGAGGUGGGCCGCCACCCCUGAAUUUUCACUCUAUAAAUCACCCCUACCACCCUUGAUGCUUCCCUCCCUUCUCUCAAGCAUCUCCUCGUAACAAUUCUUCCCCUCCUCCCUUCCCAAAACCUUCUCUUCCUUCCUACUUCUUGAAGAGCUAAAACCAUGCAGCCAGGUGAGGUUGCCAGCAUUAGAUAUCUUGCACCUAUGAACCCGCCUUCUUUUGGAGCUCACUUCAACAUGGCACAGAACAGCAUCCCCUCCUUCCACUUUAGUAGUCUCUUUGGACCUUAUGCUGUACAUCAAGUCCAGACAAUGCCUCAGGUCCAUGAGGUUGGCCUUCCCAGUUCGUGUCUCAGCAAUAACUCAACUUCAGAUGAGGCAGAAGAGCACCAACCGAGCCUAGCAGAGGAGAGGAGGAAGAGGAGGAUGCUUUCCAAUAGAGAGUCUGCACGCCGAUCACGCAUCAGAAAGCAGAAGCACUUAAGCGAGCUCUGGUCACAGGUUGUCCGCCUCCGCACUGCCAACCGCCAGCUCCUUGAUCAGCUGAACCAUGUGAUGAGGGGUCGUGAUCAGAUCCUCUACGAGAAUGCCCAGCUUAGAGAUGAAGAGUCUGAGCUCAGAAAGAAACUCGAGGACCUUCCGGUGGAAAACACUAGUGGUGCACUGCUAGCAUGAGAGCUAAAUCAAAAAUCCUACAGAUCUCUGCAUCCUCAAACCUGCUUCAAUGGGAAAAAAGAGAUCUUUUUUCUUGUUCUUACUUCCCUUGUUGUUCUCUUUUUGUUCUUCAUUUUCCUGUGGGUUAUGAAGAAGAUGAACAUCUCUUGAUCAGAACUGCACUUAAUUUUAGCUGCAUGAAGAAUAAAAGGGAAUAUUUUGAUUUUGCA